GCAGCAUGCGUGUUUAUAUUCCCCCUUUACUAGUAGUUUUGACUCUACAAAGACGCAAUGGCGAAAGCAACAGAACACAAACAAAACUCUCAAACUGUGGAAGUCACGAAGCUUGAUAUCCGCGAUGUGAUUACCACAGCCACCACAUACGGCGAGGUUAACCGUCACGGCGGCAAACGCAAUGACGUGGCAAUGUUUGUGUUACGAGCCAUGUGCAUGGCCGCAUCCGCGGCGGCUGUGUCGUUAAUGGUGACAGCUCGUGAGACUAGCAUGACCAGUCUCUACGGUUUCGAGUUUCAGCUCCACGCCGUCUGGUCUCUCUCAGAUUCCCUCAUUUAUCUAGUGGCGGUUUCAUCAGCAACGGUUAUUUACUCAUUGCUGCAACUGAUUUUGAGCGGGACCAGGCUAAUGAGAAGAUCUCCGGUGAUUCCGACAAGAACACAAGCAUGGUUUUGCUUCGCUGCGGAUCAGAUAUUGGGAUACGCGAUGGUGAGUGGAGGAUCAGCGGCUUUGGGAGUGACGAAUAUGAACAGAACAGGAAUCAGACACAUGCCUCUUCCCAAUUUCUGCAAAUCUCUAGGUUUCUUCUGUGACCAUCUCGCAAUCUCCGUCGUCUUCGCCUUGCUCGCGUUCCUCCUCCUCGCCGCUUCUUCUAUUCUCGACGUUCUCCAUCUCUCCCGCAACUGAUCUAGAGAAUUAUUACUGAUUAACAUUCCUGUUCUUUUUGUUUCCUACAUCUCUGAUGUUUUAUCAUCAUACAAUACUCAUGUGUUGUUAUGUUUUUUUCUUUUGGAAUUUGUUUGUUUCCAUCGAUGUCAGCGAAUCUUCCAAUUCCAAAGUUUUUCAAUUUUGUUGACCGAGUCACAAAUAAACGAUAAAAUUUGCCUCAAAAAAAUAUAUUAAGUUAUUCAAAAGCACCCUAAAAAAUUCAAACCGAAUCAAACAAAACUUACAAAUAUUCAUAAAAAUUCAUACCGAGUUCGAAUGGAUACCCAAACGUAUAUACAUAGCUUUUAUCUCUUAACUGUGAUGCCUUGCUCCUUGUUAAUUCUCCAAGAAUUGCUAUGAAACCAUCCACUGCACUACAAAGUUUUGGAGAAGAAGAAGAAAAGACACUUGUACAUUUGCUGCGUUGAAAGAGGAAAAUUAAGCCCAAAAAUGCCCUAACUUGCGAUAUGAGUUGGUUUGCUAUGUAUACCAUAUAUUCCAAUAACAUUGGUCAGUUUUCAACAAAACAAAGUUGCUAUUAUCCUACAACUUUGACCAGUAUCCUUGUUUAUUGGUACAAAACACUAGAGUAAACCAACUCUUACCGCAAGUUAGGGCUUUUUUUUUUAAGUAACAAUCUAUUUUAUCAUGCCGAUCGAUCACAAAGAGUAAAACUCAGAAACCACUGUGUCAUAUAAUCACACACACACAUCAUACUCAACUUCUUUGUAUCACCACUAACCAAUAAAAAAAACAAGCUACACACUAAUGAAACAACUUAAAGGGACUAGACUCACACACACACACACACUAGAAUCAUCUCCUUUGUGUCAUCACUGGCCAAUUUUUUAAAAAAGCAAAUGUCAUGAAGGUAACUUAAAGGGACUGGACUUACACACACCAGAAUCAAAUCUUUUGUAUCAUCACUAACCAAUAAUAAAAAAA